AUGUUCCAGCUCCUGCAAGCCACAGAACUCGGAAGCUUCGGCCAUGUGGCUCUGGAUUUAGAGUUCCGUGAGGUGGAAUCCUCACAGCUAGGCUUCAAACCGCGGUUAGAGCACCAGAGGAGGAAGAGUGGCCCAGAGGGUCGAGCAGCAGAGGACUUGGUAGCCAUCUUACAAGCCGAGAGCUGCAAACGCUCAAGACCCAUCAGGACAGUGCCGCCUGUUCUCGGUAGUUUGAGGAGAGAGAAAAAAAAAAAAAAAAUGACCGAAGCAAACCGCCCAAAAAAGCUCCUCAUUAGUGAGCUUAGUAGAGAACUCAAGCAGAAAAUCCUUAGAGUCCUGUUUAUGAAAUACGGGCAAAUAGUGGAUGCCAUUUUGAAUAAAGAUCAUGAAACCAACCAAUCACGAAGAAGAUGCAAUAAUGGUGCGGCCUUUCAAAACCCCGCAGGUGUUAAGGGUGCGGGUGCAGCAGGAGAUGUUCAUGGAAAGCUCUCUGACGGAAAAGCUGGAGUGGAGCAAGGAAAAGCCAACAGAGUGGAACAUGCCACCAAUGCAGCUUUUGGGGGUGGCAGACUUGGACCACCACCUCCUCCUCCCAGAUGCACUGGCCCUCCCAGAGGUGGAAGAAGGAGAAGAAGAAGACGUGGAAGAAGAAGUAGGAGGCUUCCCACAUACGUGGCUAAUGGCAGCUCCUCCACAAAAUAUUAG